UACCUCUUUAGAUCUAUAAAUAAAUAGUAACAUCCCGCGUACUACAUAUUGAUAGAGAAUUAUAUGCGCUUAAAGAGUCUAAACCUAACUUCACGUACUUUGGUAAUGAACAUAUUUACAUAAAAACAAUACUUGGGUUCACCUCAAUAGUAAAUAGUUAAAUUCAUCUCACUUUUUAUAACCAACUAAAAUGCCAUAUAGGAUUAGUUAAAAAAAUCAAUAAUUUUUUUAAAAAAUGGCUGAAAAAAAACAACACCAACUUUAAUACCAUUUAAAAAAACUCGAAAUUCUAAAAAAUCUAAAAUCUAAACCCUAAACCUCGAAUCCUAAACUCUAAACCCAAAUCCUAAACCCUAAAUACUAAACUCUAAACCCAAAAAUCUAAGCUAUAAACCGUAAACCAUCAAUUCUAACUCCUAAACUCUAAACCUUAAAUUCUAAACACUAAACUCAAAACUGUAAACCAUAAAUCCGAACUAUGAUCAAGUAAUGCGUUUAGGGUUUAAUUUAGGGUUGUGUUUUGGGUUUAUGGUUUAGGAUUUAAGAUUUAGGGUUAGAGUUUUGGGUUUAAGGUUUAGAGUUUUGGGUUUAGAGUUUAGGGUUUAGGGUUUAGGAUUUUGAGUCUAGAGUUUAGGAUUUAGAGUUUUGGGUUUAGGGUUUAGGAUUUGGGGUUUAAAGUUUAGGUUUUAGGUUUUAGGUCUAGGGUUUAGAUUUUUGAUUUUUACAGUUUCGGAUUUUGCAGACGGCUUUAACGUCGGUGUUGUUUUUCUCAGCCAUUUAUUUUUUAAUUUUAUUACUUUCUUAACUAAUCUUACAUGGCACUUUGGUUGAUUAUAAAUGGUGAAGUGAAUUUAACCAUUCACCAUGAAGUGAACCUAAGUAUUGUUCCUGGUAUAUCUACAAAGGUAUCUGGUGAAUAGGAAAAUGAGGAUAUGUAUCUGGUGGGAAAGACUCUAAAAAAACAUCUAAAAACUUAACAAAUGGCAAUAUAUUUAUGAUUAUUGACAAAUUAUUAGUAUAUUUGUUUUCUUUUUAAUGGUAAUUUUUUAUAUGAUAAAACAUUAAAUGAAGAAACUCAACUAAGUUUUUGGCAUUACUAACUAACAGUAACAUAUAUAUUCAAUAAAAUGGUUAAACCAUUAAUCAGCAGUGGUAGUAUAGUGGUAAGAAGAAGAAGUUGAGACAAGAUAUAUACAUAUAUAAACCCAUAGAUUUUUUAUUCAAAUUUUGUCAGAAUCUUAGUUGAUACUUGUUUAGUUAAUAGAAUCAUGUUUUAAACUUCAUUAAAAAAAAUUAGACUAGAGUAAGCGUUGAUACAGUUCUCUUUGAGCUUAGUUUCGGCCCAGAUGUUUAAAAAAAAACUAUCAACCUUUUAGAAAAUAAUUAGAUGUUAUCAACCUUCUGACAAACGAAAUAAUACAACAAGAAAAUGGGAAACAGUCAGUUCUAUAUAAACGUUUUCUUUCUCUCUGGAACAGUCACAGUCUCACAACUCCAAUAUUCAAGCAUCGCUCCUAUCUAUCUCUAGCUCAAUGGACGAAAAGAAAUGCAGAAAGAGAAACUAAAGAUUUCAUGAACGUUGAAUCUUUCUCUCAGCUUCCUUUCUUCCGUCGUCCUCCCUCCAAAGAUAAGAACCCUAAACCCAUUCGUCUCUUCGGCAAAGAUUUCACCAUUGGAGAAUACUCCGGUACCACCAGUCAACAAGACCACUCCGAGACCAAACAAAAAGAAGAUGAAGAAGUAGAAGACGACCAAACUGGAGAUAACGGUAAGGACAAUAGCACAAGCAACAACAACAGGAGAUUCGAGUGUCACUAUUGUUUUAGAAACUUCCCUACUUCACAAGCCUUAGGUGGACACCAAAACGCUCACAAAAGAGAACGCCAGCUCGCCAAACGCGGUGCGUCCUCUUAUUUUCACCAUCCCGACACUAAUCUAUAUGGCUACCGUCACUACCCGUCGUGGAGCAGCACAUCUUUACCGGCCGCUAGGUUCUAUGGAGGACACAUUACAGGUCCAGGACCGUCCUCCUCCUAUCACACACGGCCGAUCAAUGGGAGUCCAUUAGGACUAUGGCGUUCAUCUUCCAGCGUUAGAGGCGUUUAUAACCCAAACGCUGUGUUUACUAGUCAUGUCUCUUCUGAUAACUCAAUUUUAUCAUCCUUGGCUGGUUCUCAGCCGCAUCCACCGUUACAAGUGGGUGGCUCCGCAGCUCAGAACCGCAUGUCCUCAUACCGGUACGGUUUGAGUCCUAAUGUGCAAGAUCAUGUGAGUCUUGAUCUUAAUCUUUAACGUCACAGAAAAAAAACUAUAAUAUCUAUUUCACACAUGUUUUAACCAGUUCAUUUGGUAAAAUUUAAGAUUGUUAUGAACUUUUAGAGAAAGAAAUGGUAGGUGUGUGAAUGAGAAAAUGUACGAUGUGUGGGUCUUACGUUAACGUAAUUUAUUUCGUUAACACUUGAUGAUGUUUCUGAUGCUCAUGGCUCAUACUCCCUCUUUUACUGAAAGUAAGAUUUUCUACGCUUAUUAAAAAUUUAAUAAAUGUUUAUAAUUUAAUUUAUUUUUUACUUUCUUAUACAUUUUCCAAUAACUUUCCACCAAUAAAAUUUAAUCAAUUCAAAUAUUCUCAAUUAAUGUUCCUCAAAAGUAUAAAAAAGUACCUUAACAAUAUAGAAAAUCUAUCUUUGUGGAACAAGAAAAAAAUCUAAAACAUCUUUACUUUCAGGAACGGAGGUAGUAUAUAAUAAAAACUCAAUUAUAUGUUUUUAUUUCAAGCGUGCGUAAAUGAUAGAAAUGAAUUUUAUCAUUUCACGUGUCCACAUGCUAUUAUAUGUCUUUGAAGAUUCAGCUUCCAACAUAACUGUUUCGGACAAAACUCAGACAAAUUUCCAGACAUAGUAAUGAAUAUUCAAUUAAUAUCACUCAGCGACUCAAAUAAAAAUUUUCAAAAUAGGAUCAUAAAAACACAUCUCGAUGAAUAGAAAAGUUUUAGUUGACUCAUCUCCAUACAAUGGUAAAAAAAAACUUAAUAUUUUAACAAAGAAUAAUAAAGCUCAAGAUGGAAAUAAGCUCAGCUGAUGAUUUGGUGCGUGUGGGUAAGUGAAGACAAUGUACAAGACAAAAUGGUAUAGAGAGAGAAACAAAGAGAGUGGAGUGGUCCAUCAUAGAACGCAAAUGUAGAGUUUGUGAUAGAGCUUUUUCAUCCGCCCCUGACGUGACUAUUCUCUUAACUUUGUAAUUUCAAGUAAAGAACAUAAUCAAGAAGCUAAAGCAAAGCAAAGUUCCUCAAGCUUUCUACUUUUAUGGUGUCUUUUUUGGCAAACCAAAGGAAUAAAAAAAUCUCUCUCCAAUAUAUAUGUAUAUCGUUAUCAAUGAACUCAAAGAGUUGUGAUUCACAUACCGUAGACUCCACUUAACAGAUGCCAACGCGAAUGAGUAUGACGAGUCCGUCUUGUUGCAUUCAAAAGGACAGGUUUUGAUUGAACCCAUAUCUAAAAUAUGCCCUACAAGAUAUCAGAAAACGGUAAUGAUCCGAAAAGUGUUUUUGGGACAAAAACAUGGGAAAAUAAAAUUCUUGCACCUAAUUAACCAUGUAGUUUUGUUAUAUAUGUUGAACUAUCAAAUCAAAACAUUAAUAUUAUAGGAAAACGUAGCAACGGUUUGUGUUUAGGCCAAGGAUCCAGAAGAGCGUACGAGUUUCCACAUGUGACAAGACUUUAGUCACAGAAUAUAAGAAGCAUUGAUUCUCACCCUCCACCAGUAUAAUGCAAUAUGAAACAACUCGUGAUGGUUACAUUAUAUGCUUUAUUUUUAGAAGUGGGCAAAUCUGAUUAAAUCAAGUCUCUUAUGAAGGAAAUGGAAAAUGAUAUGCUAGACAUUCUAACCGGAAAAUGCCAUUAGAUGCAAUGCAACAUCACAACACUUCUUCCCGUGUACUUUUCUCUAACCAGUUAUAUCUUUAAACGUUGUAGCAUGAUGUCUUAUAUCAAACUAACAUUAGCAAUAUCAAUAUCAGUGACACCAACCUAAAGCAAUAGAUAAGUUUGAGAGGUUGCAGAAAGCGACAUAGUGAUUUUCCUGACCUGAGUACUUUAGUCGUGGAACAGUUUCCAUCAAGUUUAAAUGGAAUAUUGGACCAGAUGCUGCAACCUUAGCCUGUAGAUCAAAAGGGAAGUGAUAAGGUUCUUUAGACAAUUUUUGUGGACAUGUUUGAACAUAACUUUUGCAAUAAGGAUGUUUCAGUUGUCACCAAGCGUAGUAUCAAAACAAAUGAAACAGAAAGAGUGAAAUGACGCAUAUGCGCUCCCCAAACAGUUCCCUCAGCUACAAACAGUACCAGUUGGGAAUUACAUUAGUAUUUUUAUCAUAUAAUAGGAAGUUUAAGGAAACUAACUACUAGUAGAAUGAUGUCAAAAGACUUUCACGUCAGUCGCAGCUACACUGGACCUACCAGUUACUGCAAUUGAGAAGGAAGCUUGUGAUGAGUGGACAAGGUGAUGAAAAGAGGCACAAGUAAAGACAUUGUAUAAAUCUUAUAGGACCACUUUUUGUGUUCAGUUGUUUUUGAAGAUGUGCAAAGAACUUGGUAGAAUCUAAAGAACAGUGGCCCAUACCCCUAGAAGGAAAGAAAAUUGCAAAACCAUGAGUAUGAUAGUUCGAACAGUACA